GACACGGCGGCUUCAGCCGAUUUCUUCCCCUUCCUUUGCCUCCCCAUGGAUAUGCACUGCAAGGCAGAUCCCUUCUCAGCAAUGCACCGGCACGGGGGUGUGAACCAGCUCGGGGGGGUGUUUGUGAACGGCAGGCCCCUACCUGACGUGGUGAGACAAAGGAUAGUGGAGUUGGCUCACCAGGGGGUGCGACCCUGUGACAUUUCCAGGCAGCUGCGGGUCAGCCACGGUUGUGUCAGCAAGAUCCUGGGCAGGUAUUACGAGACUGGGAGCAUCAAGCCUGGCGUGAUCGGCGGCUCCAAACCCAAAGUGGCGACCCCCAAAGUGGUGGAUAAAAUCGCCGAGUACAAAAGACAAAACCCGACAAUGUUCGCCUGGGAGAUCCGCGACAGGCUACUGGCCGAGGGCAUCUGCGACAAUGACACAGUCCCCAGCGUCUCCUCCAUAAACAGGAUCAUCAGAACCAAAGUUCAGCAACCUUUUCACCCAACACCAGAUGGGAGUGGGACAGGUGUGACUGCACCAGGACAUACUAUUGUGCCCAGCACAGCAUCCCCUCCCGUCUCCAGUGCCUCCAAUGAUCCAGUGGGCUCUUACUCCAUUAACGGGAUCCUGGGGAUUCCUCGGUCGAAUGGCGAGAAGAGGAAACGUGAUGAAGAUGUAUCCGAGGGCUCAGUUCCCAAUGGAGAUUCCCAGAACAGCGUGGACAGUUUGCGGAAGCACCUUCGUGGCGACACUUUCACCCAGCAGCAGCUGGAAGCUUUAGAUCGAGUUUUUGAGCGUCCUUCUUACCCUGACGUCUUUCAAACAUCAGAGCACAUCAAAUCUGAGCAGGGUAAUGAGUACUCCCUCCCAGCUCUGACCCCUGGUCUCGAUGAAGUCAAAUCAAGUCUAUCCACCUCUGCUAAUCCAGACCUGGGGACAAAUGUGUCAGGACCCCAGACGUACCCUGUGGUGACCGAAAACCUCUCCUCUCCCCUCAGUAUAAAGCAAGAGCCUCAUGGAGCCUCUCUCACCCCUUUCACCCCCACCACGCCGGUCGGCUCUGGGCAGGCUGAUCUUCAGCCCUUCCACAUGGCCCUUUCAGACGAUGCGUCCACGCCUUGCUACAGUGCCUUCCUUCAUCAUGGUGCCCACUUUGGGCAGUCCAGCAGCCAGCCUCUGAUAGCAGGUCGUGAUAUGGCAAGUACCACCUUGCCUGGCUACCCACCCCAUGUUCCCCCAACUGGACAAGGCAGCUACCCAACCUCAACUCUUGCAGGAAUGGUUCCUGGGAGCGAGUUCUCAGGGAACCCCUACAGCCACCCUCAGUAUACAACCUACAACGAGGCCUGGCGGUUCAGCAACCCUGCACUACUAAGUUCCCCUUAUUAUUAUAGUGCCACAUCCCGGGGCUCCGCACCUCCCACUGCUGCCGCUGCCUAUGACCGCCACUAGUUACCAUGGAAACCACAUGAAACUGCAGGGCGACAGCUUAGGCCUCCACAUUGUACCUGUCUGAUCACCUUCCUCCAUCCCUGGGAAGGGUGAAGAGACCUUCUCCGUUCUUCCCCACAGUCCAGUUCCUUCCUCCUCACUAUGAAGGCUCCGGACCAAGCUCUCACCACCUGAGACUGAGACACCCC